UUCUUCACCAUCAACAUCCGCCUUCGGUGCGAAAGGGUCGCAACGCCCGUAGACUCAGUCAAUCCCGCUGCUCUUCUCCUUUGAACGGCUUCAGCGCGACACGGGUACUGCAGUCGAUCGCCCACUCCCCGUCUCGUAUUGCCCUCUCGACAUUAUCGCAGGGACAUCCUUCCUUGACUCCAGUUGCUCGCGCCGUCGAAUCAGAGCGAGUACCCAACAUCAACCGACGACACAACCGAAUUGGCCACCACUUCCAGUAUCACACCACCGAAUUGAAAUCGCCCACCUUCGCAAACACAAACGCGCAAAGAUGCGACGAACAGCGAGGUACAGCGCACUGCGGCCCGCCGUGCUGGGCUUGGGCCGAAUCCUUGGUACUGGUUUGACUGCCGUUGCGGCGCACCCGCUGUCAAAACGCAGCCCUCACUCUCAUGAGCCUGACAGCGAAGGCCCGAGCCUCGUGGUGCUUCUCGUGGCCUCAAUGACCCUGGUACUGCUCGGCGGUGCAUUCGCGGGCCUGACGAUUGCCUUGAUGGGGCAGGACAGCAUUUACCUCCAGGUUCUCUCAGGCGAUCCCACGGAACCCCAACAUCGUAAUGCGAAGCGAGUUCUCAAGCUAAUAAACCGAGGAAAACAUUGGGUUUUGGUCACACUGCUUCUCUCCAAUGUCAUCGUGAACGAAUCAUUGCCCGUUGUCUUGGACAGGACCCUUGGCGGUGGCAUUGCAGCCGUCGUCGGCAGUACGGUGCUUAUCGUUAUCUUUGGUGAAAUCGUCCCCCAGUCCGUCUGCGUCCGAUACGGUCUUCAAAUCGGUGGCUACAUGUCAAAACCUGUCCUCGCACUUAUGUACUUCACGGGACCUGUGUCCUAUCCCAUCGCAAAGCUUCUCGAUUGGAUCUUGGGCGAGGACCACGGUACGCUCUACAAAAAGAGUGGCUUGAAGACGCUCGUUACGCUCCACAAAUCCCUGGGCGAACUCUCUGAGCGACUCAACCAGGAUGAGGUCACCAUCAUCACCGCGGUUCUAGACUUGAAGGACAAGCCUGUGGCCGAGGUCAUGACACCCAUGGAUGACGUUUACACGCUUUCGGAGGAUCACGUUCUGGACGAGAAAACUAUGGAUGAUAUCUUGACCUCGGGAUACUCGAGAAUUCCCAUAUACCGUUCCGGAAGCCCGCUCGACUUUGUCGGUAUGCUCUUGGUAAAGACGCUCAUCACCUACGACCCCGAGGACAGGAUCCCAGUCCGCGAUGUCCCCCUUGGCGCAAUUGUCGAGACAAGACCGGAGACAAGCUGUCUGGACAUAAUAAAUUUCUUCCAGGAGGGUAAGUCCCACAUGGUUCUUGUUUCGGCUUUCCCUGGAUCGGAUCAUGGCGCUCUGGGCGUUGUUACUCUUGAGGAUGUGAUUGAGGAGCUGAUUGGAGAGGAAAUUGUCGACGAGUCGGAUGUCUAUGUCGAUGUCCACAAGGCAAUUCGACGCCUUACUCCCGCUCCCCGAGCUCGCCGUAUUCAUGCCGAAGCUGCCGCCGUGGCAGCUGCCGCCAGCAAAAGCGCCCCCGAAACCGCCAUCUUGGUAGAUGUAGCCCCCGACCUGGAUGAUGAAGCGAUAAUGGUUGGCUCCUACCACAGCAACUACGAUGGCGGAUUCCACAACGCCGCUAAGACGGCGAUUCACAUGAAGCGACGUACCUCUGACGGCGGCAUCGAGGGUCCGCCAGUUCUGGUCAAGGCGAGCUUGGAUGAGAUGAGGCAACACCUCCGGCUCGGCCCCGCCAACAGGGCGACCCGGCCGCUCAACAAUACUCGGGCUAGUGUAUUCAAGAUCAAGCAGGGUCUUGACGCUGCCAGUAGAUUAUCACCGCGGCCCGCGUCGCAUCUCGGCGUGAGAGACUCACAAAUUGCCACAGGCGGCAAUGAACGAACGCCGUUAUUAAGUGCAAUGCAUGAAAAUGCGGUGGAUGAUGAGCCGUACAGCUUGGAUGGUGCUGCCAAGACCAACGGUAACGGGACUGGAAAAUAGUAAUUGAUGGGAUUCGUGGGAGACAGAAGGCAUUUGAUAAGGAGUAUCUGUAAGAUGUAGCUCAGGAUAGCAGAGUUUCCAGAGCCUGGGAUAAAGGAGUCUCGACCAAUGACAGAGCCUAAUCUGGCUAUAUUGUUUUAUUACAGUCGAGAUUUGCCCAGUCACUUUCACGUAAACCUGGCACGAGAGGUGGUAUGAGGACAUGUAUUCACUCUGUACGGCCGGUGAAGGUGGGUGGCACGGGUGUGACGAGUUUUCCUCAAUUAGUCGUAAUUCAUUG